GACACCGGUUGAUGAGAUGGUCCACUCGGUAUUACACAUCUAAUGGACCAACAAAGAGCGGCUGCUCGUCCAGCACUGAGUAGUAGGAGGUAAACUCCAUAGACUGUAACUGUGGACUACUAUAAUCAGACAGGUGAGGGCAUUUUGACCGUCUUUAUCCGUCCGCGUCACCCCGCACCGUGACAAGAAGACCCGACUGUUGUCUCACCGGCGACAACCAUGAGCCAGAGGUUCACCGUCUCCAAGAGCGACGGCGACCGGCGCCCCUCCGACAUGCAGGGGGAGGUGAACCAGCUGUUUGAGGGAGACGAGCCCCCGACCACCAGCAGCAGCAGCGCGGAGGGACAGGCUGCAGCUGGUACUGAAACGGUGCUGGUGCUGAAAGGAGACAGUAACCCCAAGGAAAGCAGCCCCUUCAUCAACAGCAGUGAUGCUGCCACAGAGAAGACUCAGCAAUAUGACCGCAAGAACAUGGCCCUGUUUGAGGAGGAGAUGGACACCAGCCCCAUGGUGUCAUCUCUUCUCAGUAGCCUGGCCAACUAUUCUAACCUGCCUCAAGGUAGCAAGGAGCAUGAGGAGGCUGAAAACAAUGAGGCUGAGUCAUCACGCAAGAAACCUGUUAAGGCUCCCCAGCUCGGCACACUGAUGGGCGUUUAUUUGCCGUGCAUCCAAAACAUCUUCGGAGUCAUCCUGUUCCUCAGGAUGACCUGGUUGGUGGGAAUCGGAGGUGUCAUUGGGACUUUCAUCAUCGUUUUCAUGUGCUGUACCACAACCAUGCUGACUGCCAUCUCUAUGAGUGCCAUCGCUACCAAUGGAGUAGUGCCAGCUGGAGGCUCCUACUACAUGAUCUCCCGUUCACUGGGCCCUGAGUUUGGGGGAGCGGUCGGAAUCUGUUUCUACCUGGGGACCACGUACGCUGGAGCCAUGUACAUCCUCGGAGCUAUUGAGCUCCUCUUGAUCUACAUUGUGCCCAAAGCAGCCAUAUUUCCCCUGGAGGGCCUAGAGGGUGCUGAGGCCGAGGCCGCCCUGCUUAACAACAUGCGCGUGUACGGGACCAUCCUGUUGACCUCCAUGGCCACAGUGGUGUUCGUUGGCGUAAAAUAUGUUAACAAGCUGGCACUCGUGUUUCUGGCAUGCGUCAUUCUCUCCAUCUUGGCUGUCUACGCCGGAGUCAUCAAGACCGCCAUGGAUCCACCUGUAUUCCCGGUGUGUAUUUUGGGGAAUCGCACUUUGGUGUGGAAGUCCUUUGAUGUUUGUGCCAAGACCAUUGAGACAGCUAAUGGGACAGUCACAACCCAGCUGUGGCAGAUGUUCUGUGAUUCACCUUUUCUCAACGCUACCUGUGACAAAUACUUUGUUGCCAACAAUGUGACUGAGAUCCAGGGCAUCCCUGGGGUCACUAGUGGAAUCUUGGCAGAUAACCUGUUUGGAAACUACUAUGAGAAAGGGGACCUCAUUUCCAGGGAUAAGAUGGAGUCAGUGGAAGACCAGGACGAUCCUCUAACCAACGCUAACCGCUACGUGUUAGCCGACAUCACCAGCUUUUUCACAUUGCUGGUUGGCAUUUACUUCCCGUCUGUGACAGGGAUCAUGGCUGGAUCCAACCGUUCUGGAGACCUGCGCGAUGCACAGAAGUCAAUCCCCAUUGGAACAAUUGCAGCCAUCACCACCACCUCUACUGUCUACAUGUCCAGUGUGGUUCUGUUUGGUGCCUGCAUUGAGGGUGUGGUCCUCAGGGACAAGUUCGGAGAGGGCGUCCAUGGGAACUUAGUGAUUGGCACAUUGGCUUGGCCAUCACCAUGGGUGAUUGUGAUUGGCUCUUUCUUCUCCACCUGUGGAGCAGGCCUCCAGAGCCUGACGGGAGCGCCUCGUCUCAUGCAGGCCAUUGCCAAGGAUGGCAUUGUGCCCGCUCUUCGGAUCUUUGGCCACGGGAAGGCCAACGGAGAACCCACAUGGUCCCUCCUGCUGACGGCUUGUAUCUGCGAGAGUGGGAUCCUCAUUGCCUCCCUGGAUGCAGUCGCUCCCAUCCUCUCCAUGUUCUUCCUGAUGUGCUACAUGUUUGUGAAUCUGGCAUGUGCACUCCAGACACUGCUGAGGACACCAAACUGGAGACCACGGUUCAAGUUCUACCACUGGACUCUUUCCUUCCUGGGGAUGAGCCUGUGUCUUACUCUUAUGUUCCUCUGUUCCUGGUACUACGCCAUUGUCGCUAUGGUAAUUGCCGGUUCCAUCUACAAGUAUAUCGAGUUUGCAGGUGCGGAGAAAGAAUGGGGCGAUGGAAUACGGGGUCUGUCUCUAAGUGCUGCACGUUACGCUCUCAUGCGGUUGGAGGAAGGUCCCCCACACACCAAAAACUGGAGGCCUCAGCUGCUGGUGCUGGUCAGUACAGAUGCAGAGCAAAAUGUGGAGCAGCCUCGUCUGCUUUCACUGACUAACCAGCUGAAGGCAGGCAAAGGUCUAACUAUUGUUGGGACAGCUCUAGGGGGCACGUUCUUGAACAACUAUGAACAGGCGCAGCGUGCAGAGCAGGCACUGCGUAAGCUGAUGGAGACAGAGAAGGUGAAGGGCUUCUGUCAGGUGACUGUGUCCUCUAACCUGCGUGAUGCUACAUCACAUCUGCUCCAGGCCAGUGGACUGGGAGGCCUGAAACACAAUGCUGUCUUGGUCUCAUGGCCACGCAACUGGAAGCAAGGAGACGAGCAUCAGCACUGGAGGAACUUCAUUGAGCUGGUCAGAGAAACUACCGUCGCUAACUUGGCUCUGCUCGUCCCAAAGAACAUCUCAGCCUUCCCAUCCAACGGCGAACGCUUCACCGAGGGUCACAUUGACGUGUGGUGGAUCGUCCAUGAUGGAGGCAUGCUGAUGCUGCUGCCCUUCCUGCUCCGCCAGCACAAGGUUUGGAGGAAGUGCAAGAUGCGCAUCUUUACUGUGGCCCAGAUGGACGACAACAGCAUCCAGAUGAAAAAGGACCUGACCACAUUCCUCUAUCACCUCCGUAUCGAUGCCAUGAUAGAAGUUGUAGAAAUGCAUGACAGUGACAUCUCAGCCUACACUUACGAGAAGACCCUGGUGAUGGAACAACGCUCGCAGAUGCUUAAACAGAUCAAUCUGACAAAGACUGAACGUGAGAGAGAGAUCCAGAGCAUCACUGAUUCAUCCCGUGGGUCUAUCCGGCGUAAGAACCCGGCUGCUGUAACAACCCAACUGAGUGUGACUGAAGACCCACCUGCUGGCAGCAAGGAGGAGAAGCCCGAGGAAGAGUCAAAGUCGGCCUCUUCCCCUGUGUCCCCCCCUGCCCAGGUUCAGCUCAUCCAUGACAAUACCACCCCGGCCAGCCCUGCAACCCCAGCCACUCCGCUGACCCCUGGAGAGGGGGCUCAGAGCCCAGGGGAGCAGGUCCAAAUGACCUGGACUGAGAAGUGUGACGGCGAGCCAGCCAAGCCGCCUGGAGCAGCAACACCAGAGGGCAUCAAAGACAUCUUCAAUAUGAAGCCUGAGUGGGAGAACCUGAACCAUUCCAAUGUGCGACGUAUGCAUACAGCUCUCCGGCUGAAUGAGGUCAUUGUUAAAAAGUCUUCAGAGGCCAAGCUAGUCCUCCUCAACAUGCCAGGGCCACCCAGGAACCGGACAGGUGAUGAAAACUAUAUGGAGUUUCUUGAGGUCCUCACUGAGGGCCUGAACCGAGUCCUCCUAGUCCGUGGAGGUGGUCGCGAGGUCAUCACUAUCUACUCCUGAAAGAGCAAACCCCCUCCCCUCAUUAUCACCCCUCUCUCAGCCCUGCUCCUGUGUCACUCGUACCCAAACCCUCUCAUCAAUGCUGCACCAUUAUUAUAUCAUUCUUACAGUUUAUUUCUAUGACAUAGUCCUCUCACACUCAACCAAAUAACCCAGCUCAGCUUCAGCACCUCUCCGCCAGCUCCAACCCCAGCAAACCAACAAGCAGUAUUAAACACUAAGCUACUCUCACUCCAGGCAAAAAACCUGCUAUAAAUAGUAUAGGCUCUAGACUGAAUUAGAUGCUAUCAACAUUUGUUCUUGGAGACGUUUUUUGCUUUGCAAGAUUGAAGUCUGCUACAGAAACUCGCACUGAGUCGCAGUGACUCGGUCAGGAGGAGGUGGUGAUGGGGUCUGCAUGGGUUGUUAGCUGAGGUGUGAGCACACAUGCAUGUAUGUGUCUCUUUGCUUUAAUCUAGGUAGAUUUUAUUUAUUUUUUUCCCCUGUUCGAACACAAAUGUGGCAAAGACACGGCUUCUCCACGGAGAGAUCGAGAGCCAGAUGAAAUGAGAUCAAUGUAGGAUUGUCUAUUCGGUUCCCUCGUGGUGAUCGGACACUUCCCACAGCGUUCCAGCCUGCUGUCUACGAUGUGAAUAACCGUUCAAGGCAAAAGACACUUCUACCCACAGUCAGUGUCACCUGCUAGAGGACGUAUGUAUGAGUAAUUCACAAUGGCAUUUGAAAAAAGUGAAAUGGCAUGUGGAUCAGACUUGCAGUAUUAUCUUUAAAUUGAUGCUCCACUCGUUCUGUUGAUUCCAUCACCUACACUCCUUUCAGCUCAUUUCUUAGUGGCUGUUCAUCCCUGUGGCCACUGUUAGUGCCAAAAAAUACAAGGCUAGCUUAGUUUGUCGAGAUUGACCCACAAUUAAACUGUGAAUAGCAGAAGCCUGGUGUGACAGCGGAGUGGGGAGAGAUGACAAAGCCCCCUCUGAGGAGAUUAUCAGCGCCAGCACCCCUCGACCUCUCGUGUGGAUCACUGUAAAUAAUGUACAAGCUCUGACGCGUUGUUCAGUAUGAGUGUAGUAUUUUUGUGACAUACUAAAAAGAUUCUAAUGGAAAGGAAAAACAGAGACAGCUUAAAACAGCUGCUUUAAAAAAAAGGUUAUUUAUUUAUUUAUUUAUUGGAUUUAUUUAUUGGAUGGCAUAGGCUCCUUUCACUAUGAUAAGCGUCAUUGUAACCUCGACAAAGCACUGCACCUGCACUGUCCACCACUGUGCGACGAGUGAAAUUUUGAUGAUUUCAUCAAGUUCAUUAAGAAAAAAAAAAUACUAAAUGUUAUUUUUUCAUGUAGAGAGCAAAUAUGUAUUUACGUUUAUAGACUGAAUUUACACAUAUUGAUGAAAUAGCUGUAUAUCAUCUUGGCAUUCAUAGCUCUGCCACUGUUUUGCCAAACUUCAAUACAUUAAAUGUGCCAUAUCGAAGUUUUUUCAGAGAAGUGGGAAACAAAAUUCUGACAAUUGAAGUUAGAGAGAACAAAGUGUCAUUAAAAAAAAAAAGGUAAAAGGAGGCGUCUACGGGAAACUAGCAUGGUGAUGACACUGUAGUUGGAACUUCACCCUAUAGAUAAUUAAAGAAUACAUGUUCAGCCCUCCAUAAAACGUCCAGCUGUUGUCGAUAUCUGCUCUUGCUGAGUUGAGUUUUUGAACAUCUAUUGGUUAUUUGUUUAUAGGGUCUAGCCUAAAUAAAUAGAGAGGACAAUGGCUUCUGUAGCUACUCACUUUGUCCACAAGAAUGAACUCUAUGCAGUAGACUACUCUCCAGUGAGAUUUUCUAUCCUAUUUGAUUGGUUGUGAACAAAUCAUAUUUACGUUUGAAGAAGAGUGCAUUUUUGAAGGAAUGUGCAAUGGUUGAAAUCUGGGCUCGCGUGAUCACGUUAUUUAUUUUUUUACACAUAUAUUUUGUAUAUGUAGAUUUCGUAAGUCUUAUAAAAUCCAAAAUCAUCUCACUCUGACCAAGGACAGCUGUCACUUUACUUUGAUUGCUCCUGUUUCUUUUCUUAAAGAAACUGUUUUUGGUCAUUUGCACUUCUAGUAGAAAUAUACAGUAAAUAUAAAUAAACAUAUAUAUAUAUAUAUAAAAAAUAUAUAUACAGUAUAUACGAUAUAGGGAAGCAAAACAAAUUAGUUUCUAGAACUAUUUACAAACAGUAUUAAAUGUUUUUAGUGUUGCUUGAAUGUCGGACCAUAUGUUGUGAAUGCUGCUAGUAUCUAUAGAUUUAUUUGUACUGUAAAUAGAGAUGAGAUAAAUCAACAUUAAAGAUAUAGUAAAAAGGGUAUAGACAUACAUAUCAGCGGUGGUAGCGGUGGUUAUCUAACAAGACACGGCUGUACCUGUACACAUUUGGCCCGUGAUCUCUCGACAGGGUUAGCUUUCUGUUUUAUUAGAAAACUAUACUGAAUAUCUUGAUGCAAUAUUAUAACUGAGGGCAAAACCGUCACCCUUUAUUGUCUUUUCUAAAACGUGCUCUCGAAAUUACUAUUUUUAAUCCCCUGAGUAAAGCGAACCAGUUUUCGGGGAACACGUUUUCUGUUUAGCGCUUUUAAAGAAACCGAGUGGAAUUGCCAAAACAUUAAAACAUGAAUAUUUGUUUUGAGACUUUUAAACACACCUACCUGUGACACCUGAAGACAAGUAGCCCACUCCUAGUUUCAAAGAUUUCUCUGUGCCAAGUGAUGAAGAAUUUAUUUAUUAUGCUUGUCACAAAAAAGGGGGGAGGGGGUUGUUUGACACUCACCUGUUUUUGAAGAACAUGGUUAUUUUGGGAUUGUCUCUACAACAUUGCCUGCAUCAACUGAGCCUUUUAAAUUUAUUCAAAAGAAAAGAUAUCUGAUGUUUAUUGGAGAAGUUUAUUGGAAAUAAAUUUAGUUAUGGAAUUAUAAAUGUUUUAUAAUUGCUGUUUGCAUGGUACCAUGUGGCAAUAUUUGUUUUAGUGAUUUUAUAUCGUGAUGACUUACAUGUUUUAAGGUGCAGAGUCGGAGUGGUGGAGAAAGGUGUCAAACAUUCUCAAUGAGUUUCCGAUUUUGAGAACUCAGGAGUGUUGCCGCACAGUCGGCAGCAUGGUUUAACAUUGAAAAUAAGUUUGUUUUUUUUGCAAAAAACUCAAACAAAAAACAAAAACAAAAUAGGAAAAAGUAUGAGUUCACUAUAUUGUUAAUCGUUAUAUUUCAAUCUCGCUCAAGUAGUCUUAUGUAAUGUGAUAGAAGAUUUUGAGUUUGCAAAUAGACGAGCCUUGGGAAUAGUCAUUUCACAUUUUUGUAAAUAUGAAUAUCACAAAUCAAGGACACUGUAAUCUGCUAGUGUUGUCUUUUGUUGUACACUGUUCUAUCACUGUGGGCAAAGUCUUAGAGUUUUGUAAGAUUAUGUGCAAUAUUGUUCUCAUAUUGGUAUUUUUUUUUUCCCAUUUUGUCAUAAUUUCAGUUUAUAUAAAUAACUGGAGAUGUCAGCAGUCUCUUAAAUUUUUAGAGUGUUUGUCACCAGGUCUUUUGGACCAGAAAAACCUAAAGUGUUUAACCAAAAUGUGGCAGAGGCAGCACAGCACUUUACACUGACGGGCACUCUGUGAUAGAGGGGUCGGAUGGCAAAAGAGCCAGCCCGCUCUGCACAGACUCUGUCCCACAGUGAUCCCUGGUGGCACAAGAGUGUAUUUACAGCCAGCUCUGGCGGUCUGACAGCUCAGACUAAAAAGAAUAAAUAAAUAUCAUGAAAUCCCAUCAUCUUGCUGCGGUUCCCAGCUGCAACAGUUCAGAUUAUUAAUUUUGUUACAUCUUAUCAUUUGACCGUUUUCUUGGACAUUUUUAGCAUGCAUCACUUUUUUUCUUUCCUUUUUUUCCUUGCCAAACUUCUUUAAAAGAAUAAUAGUAACUGUUAAAUUUCUAGUGCUUGUCACUCAAUCUGUGAGGUGAGCCUUCCCAGAAUUCCCCCUCAACCCCACUGCUCAGCCCUUCUGCCCCAGCUCCCUGGUCUCCCCCAUCCCAACCACGAAAAUCCACCCCAGCUCUGUAUUUUAAAUGUGACUGCAGUAUAAUUCUGAGAAAUGAUCAAAGAAUAUAAAACUCGCGCUUCCAAACCUGGUACAGGCUCUGCUUGGACAAGGUGCGAUAGUCGAUUUAAAAACCAGCACGUCCCUCUCCCCCCU